AAAUGAGGCCUAUCGAUUGAUUGAAAAGGGCGUGGCCUGAUGGCGCGAUCGCGCUUAAACAUACGACAGGUGUCUGUAGAACGCGCUUUUGAGCGUGAAAGAAACGUUUCAUAGCCCGCCUUUGGAGCGGGAAAUUGUUCAAAGGACUGUGUAAGGUGGCUAACAUUACUCAAGGAGCACAUUUCUGCUUGUUUUUGUAACGCGUGUCCGAAUUCAUCACACUCGUCAAAUCCGUUUAUCGAGGCCGCAUUUGGAAUGUCCCGUAAAAUAAUAAUAAAGACUUUAAUAUCCUCAAGCAGACGUUGAUGCUAAAGAUAAGGGCAAUCUUCUGCCAAUCUCCCAUUGGCAUUAUCUUUAAUAUGGGAGGUCUGUAAGUAGAGUACCUGUGUCGCGCUUAUGCGGUGUCACAACUCCAUGUCAGCGUUGACUUACAAGAGCUCUUAUCCAACACAGCAUGUUUAACUCGCCUCAUUUAGUUUACUGUAACUGUGCCUCGGCGCCGUUGCUUUACUGCCCGAGUGUUCACUCCAUGUGGAACUGCUCCAUUCCAAACCCACCGUCCGUGUACAGAGCGUCUUUGGACGCAGUGGCCACACACAGUGGCGCGAGCGUGCAAGAGGAAAACACCGAGACAAUCUCGGCGAGUAGAAACCUCAAAUUUGGCAUUGAGAACAUCCUGUAUGGACAACUGCAGUCAGAUCAUCGUCAUGGAGUCCACAGUCAAUUUUCACACAACCGAGAACUCAGCUAUAUCUCUCAUCAGCCUUUCACCCCGCCCAUGCGCACUUCCAGCCGCCCUUGGUGUCGCCCAGUCUUCACGCAGCUGCAGCGGCGAGGACUGGAAAAGCGUUUUCAGGUCACCAAAUACGUCACCAAACGGGAACGGUUACAGAUCGGCGCCAUGUUGGGUUUGUCAGAAACGCAAGUAAAAGUGUGGUUCCAAAACAGGAGAACAAAGUGGAGGCACGAGGCUGCGCGCAAAGAAGAAAAGCAAAAAGAGCAAGCUUUAAACAAGGCGAAGGAAAACCAGAAACCCGAGACGAGUGAGAUUGGCGAGACACAAGAAAAUGAAGAGGAAUGUCUGUCCAGUAACAAAGAGACUUUACUGGAGGAACCUUAAUAACACUGAUGAACAUUUUGGAAGUCACGAUAUCUCAGUGUAUACUCACUGUAGAAGCAGCAUUCUUGCCAUUAUUAUCUGAAAGACUGUUUUGGUCGUAGAAUGAUAGAAAUCACAAUUUAAUGGACAUCACUCAGAGGCACGCCUCUCCUCACAGUGAACACUAUCACCUCAUAUUCGAUCAACUAGGCCAUUUCCCUUCUGUCACUGUAUCAAAACAAAUCUUCGCGCGAGACCAUUCAUAUGAAAAUGCUUUCAUCUCCACAUUCAUUUUCGUGCAAAUCAAACAGUCAUUUUCAUAAGAAAAAGCUUUUCAAGAGGACACGUUUUAAAACAGAGGCAAAAGGCAAUUCGGAAAUGACCUAGGUUUUGCUGGAAAGACAGGGCAAGGUUAAAAGCUAUCUAACAUUGCCUCGGAUUAGAUUAAUAUUAUAGUGAGCUUUUUCAGUGACAAGAAAAAAACGGAGUUCACAAGGAACUUGAAUUUUACGAUUAAACGGACCGGCAGCUUGAUGCUGUUACAACGGAACCCAUAAUGUGACAUUUAUACGAACAGGGUGGAGGCCCGGGCCAGUAUCAACUCGGGCCUAUAAAAUAAGGUCUAUCAGCUCGGAUCUAUAAACUCGGGUCUAUCAGCUCGGAUCUAUGAUAGUGACCCAAGCUCAAAUCAAGUCUACUAACUUAUCAUUUCUUUUGAUUUUACCUCUGGAAAUCCACAGUGAAACGUCAAUUAAGACAAUUUCUAGAUGUCAAUAAUUCUUUGUAUUUUGUGUAUUUUAUGACAUGAUUUUGAUAUUGUCAGCAAACACAUGACAUGUUGAUCGGAAGGACGAUUUGCACUGGAUGAGUGCAGGAAACUAGACAGUACAACUCAGGCACUCGCUCACCACUCACAUUGCUCAUCUUUACCAAUAUUACGUUUACAACUGAAUCACCCACCAAUCAGGUGGAUCUGUGAUACACUCGACAAAAUUUCAAAAGCCAAUUUAAAGAUAGAGUAAGUCAUUCUGCUCCGUGAUUCCCUCUUCCUUUCUGUAGUUAGUCAGGUCAAUGACCAUCAGCUGCUUGAGGCCGGCGGAUGGCUAAAAAAGGUAUUCUGCUAGGGAGGGAGAAGGCAAGAUGAUAAAGCGAUUGCGAACUGAAAUGAGAUAGAGCUAGUGAAAAAAGAACGCUUCAAUUUUGGCCCGCCUGCCUCAAGACUAGGUUCCCUCGAUCUCUCCGAAAAACGUCUAAAAGUAGCUACCGCAAUUUUCGAAAUUCUUCGUAUUUUUAAACGUUGUACUACCACAGUGUUUUUCAAAAAUGUAAUAAAUAAACAUUAAAUACCAUACCAAAAUGGUAAGGAACAACACCCUUCCUAAAUUUAAAAGGAGCGUUAAUAUGAAAAGAAAUAGGGGUAAUGUUCAAAUUGCGCAAGUUUCUAUUUGCUCGUUGGCACUGUACCGGUAGGUAUGACUAGUAAAUAAUUUAUUUUGUGGAGAAUUGUAUUUUGUAAAUUAAAAAUUGUUCCUCAUCUGUCUUCCCUCCGGGCAUGCGCACUUCCAGUCGUCAAAAACAACAUGGCCUUGUUCAUGUUAGGGAACCGAUUGGUGCGAGUUCAUAUAGGUAGCGGAAAAGCUGUUAAAAUAAAAGAAAACUAAAAAUAGGCAUGUUAACACGAGAAUUUGUUACUUACUUCGAUCAUGUUGUAAUUAUUUUAUCUGAAGUGAAAGUCUUAAAUAAAAAGGAAAAAAAGUUACUUUCAA